GUGUCUCACCAAAGAUCGUGAUCUUAUUAUUGGGUUUGAAGAUGUGGAGAGCGGUCCACACUUUCCUCGGGCUCGAGUCACGCAAUCCGCGGUUCUUUUAAUGAAACGUUAUCCGAGAGCGGUUUAAGGUGUUCUACUUUUCCGGCGACAGACGGCUGGAAACCUCGCCGGGGACGCGAUUUCGCCGACGUAUUCGCCGGAGCUCUUCGUUCCACUUCGAUUGAUGGAAUAUUUGAAGAACGAUAGCAGCGGAACUGAUGAUGAUCUUCCAAAUCACUCGAUCAUUUGGAAUUCUAGAGGUGUUCUUUAUUCGGGAGUUAUGAGGAUCUCUUCUGGGCCAGUAUCUCAUGGAGCAUGUCUAAUAAACAUGGAAUUUCAAAUUCACUGCAUGGAGACUGAGGCAUAUGGUGCUAUCUUAAGAGUCUUUAUCGCUCAAUCUGAUGUUCUUUCAUGGGGUAAGGAAGGACUCAUGUCAGAGUUAAGGAAGGAACUCAGGGUUUCUGAUGUUGAGCACAGAGAAAUUCUUGGGAAAAUCAAUUCAGAUGCUUCAAUCAAGUCCAUACGGGAAUUGCGUAAGACUAUUGAUGCUCAAGCGACAACAGUGAACCCUCCUAAUUUUGAUCCAAAUUCCAUCAGUCAUAUAUCUCGUAAAAAGUUAAAACCUGGGCAUAUGACUGUUUCAUCAUCCCAAAAAUACUCACCCCAUGCUCAACCCUUGCCAACAGCUGUUCCUUCUUCAUUGGCAACACAUGCUAGAGAAGCCCAGGGGAAUGAUAAAGCAUCUGUAUUCUCCCCUCAAGGGGAUGUUGGACAAGCUCUAAUACCUGUUCAUCAAAACAGGCAAGCACCAAGCACUGGGAAAGCUUGAGGAUCGCUCAUUCUGCAGACAUCCAAGAAGGGGUUUCUUCAUUCAGGGGCUGAAAAUUUGAAACCUGGAUCAGACAUAAUUGAGAUUCGUGCAACUGACAAGCUUAUACAUGAGGUUGAGAGGGUUUGUGGUGGAGAGAACCCUGAUCCAGCUCAGCUAGAAAAGGUGAAAAUAAUGCUCAGAGGUCAUGAAAGAGCUCUUCUGGAAGCAAUCGGAAAACUUGCUGAUGUAUCAGAUGAUGACUCAUCUGAUCAUGGACCGCAUUGGUACCCUAGUGGAGAGGCAAAGAGGAAUGGACGUGGAGUUCAUACUGCUGUUUAUGAGCAGUUCGAUGGGACAAGAAGCUAUCACAGGGAAGGAUAUGGUAAGGACCACACAGGAAGAGUGAGAAUUCCGUGCAUUGAUCUGCAAGAUGAUGAGUAUGACCAAGGUUGCUGAAAUACCGUAACAUGUGGCUUCACCCGUUUACUUGUUUUGUUGGGUUUAAAUGAUGUCAGAUUGACCUGGAUGUCUAUCACUGCAUCUGAACUCGUUUCAUUUGUCUGCUCUCGGGGAAUAGUCAUAUAGUGUUAACUGACUUAGCUCUUUUCCUCCCUGCUAACACCAUUUGUAUAUGCUAGAAUUGUUGGGCUCUGUCCAUAUGCUUUUAUGUGGCCUUUUGAUUCCAAGUUGGUGUGUUCUCCUGAUAUCUCUCUUGGAGUUUGUUUUUCUUCCAUAAAGGGCUGGAGAAUGAAGCCUUCGUCCUGUGAAAACAGACUUAGCAUAAUGUUAGUAGAUAAUUUGGGCCCCCACUUAAUUACAUGUAAACAUUAUUUUAGGGGCACUUAACUGCAGUAAAUGUAAUAUACGUUUGGCAUAGUGAUGGUUGUUCCAGGUCUUUAUUUCAGAAACAUUUGUAUAUUGACAAAUAGUUUCAUUACACGAUUAACACAGUCUGUUGUAUUCAA